GCCACGUCCAGUGACACAACACUGCAGUGACCAUUAUGAGAAGUGGAUGGCUAGGUGUCGAGAGGGUAGGGGUGGUGAGAUUUAUGUCAAGGCAAGUGGUGGUUUGCGGGAGUACGACGACUUCGCGCGGGUGGAUAAUGUCAGCCAGGAAUUCUCAACUGGGGUAAAUAAUCUAUUGAUUUUAACAUUGUUAAAUUACUGUCUACUAACUUAUUGAUUUUAACUUUGUUGCAGGAUAUUGACUUGUAUUUCUUGACCUUGAGAAAUAGACUUCGAGGUUCCCUGGAUUUACUGGAUGACGUAGAUAUGAAUAACACAAUCAUAGUAGACACGGAUUGGUUUAUAUACCUCAAGAAAGAGUGGGACGCUCUAUUGGAGAAGUGGGCAGGAAGUGAGUUCGGCCCCAAGGAGUUUCAUGUAUUGACUAGUACAGCAAUGGCUGAUGAUUGGCAGCCUGAUAUAGACUGGAUCUGCCAAGUACGUGGAAAAUCACUUAAGGGCCAUGAACUUCCUCCUGGUCAUAUAGGAUGGAUGGAUGCCGCACAGGUUCUCAUGCCAGUCAUAAUUGGCCACCAUUUUAUCCUAUGUCGGAUUCGGUUAGGAGAAGCCGUUUGCGAGGUCUAUGACCCAGUAUUCCACAAGCUAACACCUCGACAACAGGAUGCUCGAGUUGGUGAUUUAUUACCUUUACUGAGAUUGUUGCCAGUUGUCCUUCAGGUGUCGAGGUGGCUAGACGACACAUCCAUUGAUUCGACAGUGGCAAAGAACAAGUGGCCACUUAUGACGGCAGUGUUUGCUCCAGCGGAGGUUCAGUUUCACCAGCAGGACUCUGUCAGCUGCGGGCCUUUCGUCUGCAUGUAUGCUGAACGACUGAUAUCUGGCUCUCCAUCCAUUGAGUGGGGUAAUAGCAACGUGGCGGCAUAUAGGGCCAAGAUUGCUAGAUCUAUAUUUUCGUUGUGUGAAACUUGGAAUGCCCGUACCACUAGACUUGGUUUUGCAUAG